AAGACUUAAUAAAUAAUGAUAACGCGUACGUUUGGAACAAACUCAAUUGUUACACUAAUCUCGGCAUGGAAACUCCGAAACCAAAACUCGAAAAGUACCAACUUGUAGCCCCCGACGGGGGCUGGGGCUACGUCGUGGCCGCCGCCCUCACCCUCAUGAUCAGUGUGACAAUCAUCCCGAUGUCGUCGUUCGGGCUGAUUUUCGGCCGGUUUCUGGCCUCGAUCGGCGACGAAACCACGGGCACCACCCUCGCCAACGGCAUCUUCAACACCUGCUUCAACAUCACGGGCCUGGCCGCCAACAACCUCCUCCAAAAAUACACCUACCGAACGGUGGCUUUGGCCGGAGCCUUGGUCUUCUUCAUCGGGAGCUUCGCCACGAUUUUCGUCACAACCCUCCCGCAAAUGGUGCUCUCCUUCGGCGUGAUCCAAGGCCUGGGCAUGGGGCUGAUGUUCCCUGCGUUCUUCACGGCCUUAAACUCGUAUUUCGACCGGAAAUUGAACAUCGUGAACGCCGUGGCCCAGGCCUUUAUGGUCGUGGCUGGGAUGAGCUUCCCGUUUGUUGGGCAAUUUUUUAUGGAGAAAUUCGGGUUUCGGGGGUCCGUUGCCUUGAUUUCCGGACUGAGCGUCCACUGCAUACUGGCUGCUUUUACCCUGCAACCAGUCGAGUGGCAUUUGAUCAAACAGAAAAUUACUCUCGAACAGGAGGAACUCCUAGGGCUUGAUGACGGAAAAUAUGUGAUGCCCAAACCAAGAGCCUCUAUCAUAAGUCUCGGGGAUAGAGCCGUUUCCGUAACCACACUCAACAAACCCCAAGCGAAAAAGAGCAACUUUUUGCAGAAUUUGGCCAAAUCGAUGGACUUAGCAAUGUUCAAAGACCCGGUUUAUGUGAACAUUUCUUUAGGAUUAUCGCUGGGAUUCACCGCUGAUGUGGCCUUCAUCUCAAUAAUCCCCCUCGUGUUAAUCAAUGCGGGUUUCAAUUCGCACGAAACCGCCUUUUUCAUGUCGAUUUUUUUCGCCGCUGAUUUAUGCGCCCGAAUUUUCCUAACUGUGAUAAGUGCUGCUACGAAAAUCAAAAAUCGGUACUACUUUCUGACCGGAUCGGCCCUUCUAGUGAUCUUCCGAACGGCCUUUGUUGCGCGCAAUGAUUACUACUGGAAGUUGGCAACAGUGGCCUCUGUUGGCUUUUUGAGGGCCUUCAUACAAACACCUCUCCCAGUUGUGAUAUCAGAGCAGUAUUCGGAGAAUUUCUCGACGGCCUUUUCGCUCUACAUGGUUGUGUGUGGGGUCGUUUGUUUCAUAUUCGGACCCUUGAUGAGUUUUGUGAAAAAAGUGACACAGAGCGACGUCAUGGUGGUCCAUUUAUUGAGCCUCGCUUAUUUGACUUGUGUCGCAACUUGGACCAUCGAACUGAUAAUUAAAAGACUGAGGAAAAAGCAAGACCGGACACAAGGAGCCAAAAAAUAAGCCUCCAGUAAAUAGGAUUCUUUUAUAUAAAACCAUUAAUACAUCUUGGAUUAUUGCUACUUUAAAUCAUAAAACUAUGUACAAUGUUGGUCUACCCGAAGUAGAUUAAGUAUCUUCAUGGAACACUAUACUCACAGAUUCAGUCUCAUUAAACCUAAUCAUAUCACACGUAGAAUAUCAUAGAAAAUGUUCGAACUUAUAAAUAAAAUAACCGAAGAAACCGACAAAACAAUAAAACCAAACGGACCGUU